CUGAGCUAUGUAAGGUAUCCAGGGUUUGGUCUCUCAGCUUCUCCUUUUUUUUUUUUUUUGCCUUUGUCUUCAAACAAGGGUUACUUACUUGCUACAGAUGCUUCCUGGUGACCUGAAUCCAUCUAGAUCAAUUUACUGGAAAAACGUGGGGAUCAAAACAGUGCAUAGAGAUUGCUGAAUUUCUCCAGGCUUUUCCCCUAAAAUUUCCUUUUCUUCUCCCAGAUAAACUCACAGAAGUACAGCAGUAUGAAGGCAGCUUGCUGGUUCCUGGCAGUUUUUUAUGUGCUUGCUUGCUACAGGGCUGAAGAAGGACUAGACUUCCCUACCUAUGAUGGGAAAGAUCGUGUGGUUGACUUGAGUGAGAAAAACUACAAGCAGGCCUUAAAGAAGUAUGAUAUGUUUGGUGUACUGCUCCAUGAACCAGUGACUUCCGACAAAAGCUCUCAAAGACGGUUUCAAAUGACUGAGAUGGUGCUCGAGCUUGCUGCACAGGUCCUGGAGGAGAAAGGCAUUGCUUUUGGAUUACUGGAUUCUAAGAAAGAUGCAAAGCUUGCAAAAAAACUAGGUUUGGAUGAAGAAGGAAGCCUAUAUAUCUUUAAGGAGGAUCAUGUAAUAGAGUUUGAUGGGCAAAUGUCAGCAGAUGUCUUGGUUGAAUUCCUAUUGGAUCUGAUGGAAGAUCCUGUAGAAAUCAUUAACAACAAACUGGAAGUUCAAGCCUUUGAUCACAUGGAGGAGGAGAUCAAACUUAUUGGCUACUUCAAAGGAGAAGAUUCAGAACAUUACAAAGCAUUUGAAGAGGCAGCUGAACACUUCCAGCCUUAUGUCAGGUUCUUUGCCACAUUUGACAAAGGGGUGGCCAAGAAAUUGGGCCUAAAGCUAAAUGAGGUGGAUUUUUAUGAACCAUUUAUGGAUGAUCCCAUCCGUGUUCCUGACAAGCCAUAUACUGAAGAAGAAUUGGUUGUGUUUGUGAAUGAGCACAAAAGAAGCACACUGCGCAAGUUGCAGCCUGAAGACAUGUUUGAGAUCUGGGAGGAUGAUCUAGAUGGAAUUCACAUUGUGGCGUUUGCUGAAGAAGACGAUCCAGAUGGCUUCGAAUUCCUGGAAAUUGUCAAGCAGGUUGCCAAAGACAACACUGAUAAUCCUGAUCUAAGCAUUGUCUGGAUUGAUCCUGAUGAUUUUCCUCUGCUUAUCACAUACUGGGAAAAGACAUUCAAGAUUGACCUGUUCAAGCCACAAAUUGGUGUGGUCAAUGUCACCGAUGCGGACAGUGUCUGGAUGGAUAUCAGGGAUGAUGAUGAACUCCCUACAGUUGAGGAAUUAGAAGAUUGGAUAGAAGAUGUGCUUUCCGGCAAAAUAAACACAGAAGAUGAUGAUACUGAUGAUGAUGAUGAUGAUGAUGAUGAUGAUGAUGAUGAUGAUGAUGACGAUGAUGAUUAGGUUAUAGCUCAUUGAAUACUGGACACCAAAAUCUGUGUGCCUCAAAAUACUAUGCCUUACAGUAUUUCUCUUCUAAGGGGAAAAUACUGUUCUUUUUGAUUUCUAAGGGUCAUUGAAAAUUCAUAAUCUUGAUCCCUUUUAUUUGUCCCUCUUCCCAAAUACAAUAUUCACCCUUCUGGCUUCCACAAUGUGUACUCUAUACCUACAGUAAGUCAGAAAUUAUUAUUUUUUAAAUUGUGUAAGCUCAGUGUUUAUGCUCCCUGCAGGAAAUUUUAAAUCUAUGAAUAUGUUUGUUCAUAAGAAUAAGAGAAAAUAAAGAAUUACAUAAUAGUUCAUGAGUUAGCAAGGACAUUGCUGCCCUACACUACUCCCAACAGAAUGGCUUGCCAAAGCAAGGUGUAGAAAAUGGAAAUAGUGGAGAGCAAUUGGCCUUUUCUCCCUGUUCUUCUAUCCCUUCGGAUUAUGGGCUCAUGUUUUCUCCACAUGCCAUCUGUGGAAGACAUGUCCUUUACAAUGGAAUUUCAGUCUUUGAGUCAAACUGCUGCUGAAGUUUGUUGGUUUCCCCUUUCCUGCUACUUGUUUCCUUAACAGCAGCAGAAGAAAUGAUCCCCCAACUUUGAUGGCCUCAUUUCUGAGAUUCAGUAAGAGGAACCCUGUGUGGUAGCACUUUUCCAAAUGGCAUACUUUCUUUCCAUCUUGGAGACCAGAUGUGUCCAUGGCGGUGGAUGUGGGGAAGAGUUCAGUUUACUUUCUUUUGGAAUGACUGGCAUCUACUCUCCAAAUGGGUCUAGGACAAUUUAUGACAGCCAACUCACCACGGCCACCUCUCCAUGGCCAUCCGUACAAUUCCAUGCUGGAUAACUCAAUGUGAUAAACGUUAUCUUUGACAUUAUUUCCAUUGACAAAACUGGAAAUAAUGUUGGAAAAACAGUGGUGGAUAACAUUUAUUGUGUUGAGUUAUCCCCAUGUGGAAUUUUCCAUGGUGAAUUGUCCCACGGCAAGUUGUUCAUGACUAGAUGGCUGGGGUCAAUUGUCCCAUUCUACUCCAAAUACCAGAAGGAAAGAACUGGAGAAUCGCCCGUAGUGACUGAUGUUGAAAUUGCUUGGUUCAGAAUAUGUAUUCCCAUACUUUGUAAUGCUUAUGUUUUAUUCUUGGAUCAUGUUCAAUUGAAAUGUAAAAAGAAAUUCUGAUUGGACUGAUGCAGGAUUUUAUUUCAUCUUACCUCGUUUCUGUGCUUAUCAAUACUCAGUCUGCAAUAAAGCUAUCUGGGCCAUCCAUCACUGCCCUGCUUUCUAGAGGCUGAUAUCCAAGUUUCCUCCCUCAUAAUCAAAAUAUGAUUAGCCUAUGUGAAAUUACUCUGUAUAGAUAAUUGAUCAGGAUUCCCAUUUCCAUUAAAACUCCAUAUUGUGUGUAUAUUCAUAUGCACGUAUCACUUUUUUAUUUAUCCAAUUAAACAGAAUACAAGCUUGGAAGGA